UCCGGUGCCAACCGUUAUGAAAUUCAGCACAACGAAUCUUAAACAUUUACCUGUGCGCUUUCUGGCGACACUUAUUACGAGCCUAACACGAGAAUGUUCGUCUGCGAUAAAGGGUUAUGGAUUUUAAAGCAGCACGAUAUGAAUUGUCCCAUUGAUUUCUGCAAGUUUGGGGGUCAUUGCACGCGAGACCAUCAGUGCGAAUGUCCCAAAAAUUAUACGAAGGGAAACCAGUGUCAAAUCCCCGUGUGCAGUCAAGGAUGUCAGAACGGGGGGAACUGCACAGAGCAUAACAAGUGCAAGUGCAAGGAAGGAUUCUACGGAUCUAGCUGUGAAUUUGGUGACUGCGCUAAACCAGAGGGCAAUUUAGUCAAUCUGGAGAAGCAGUUCUAUGGUGACGGUGAGACUAUCAAUAUAAGCCAGAGCAACUGUAAAAGCGGAUACCUACUAAGUUCAGGUGAUACCACACUUUCCUGUAAACAAGGACGAUGGUCGAAGAAAAUCCACUGUGUGCAAGGUACCGAUUAUAAAAUACGCGUUGUCACUUCUAAGAAAGAUGAUGGUACAGACGGAAUCGUGACCAUAAGGCUUAAAGGAACGAAUGGGGAAACUGGAAACAUAGUGCUUCUUGGAAAAUUCGAUCGUAAAAGCGUUGAUGACUCUUACAAUUUCCUACCUGAUGUUGGAACUAUAAUAUCAAUUACUAUUGGAGUUGCUCGUCUCAACAUGCUUGACGGAUGGGUACCCAGCUAUGUGAUUGUACACGAUACACAGCGAAAUCUGUUCUACUUGUUUCAAUACGACUUAAUAUCUGAAUUGGACAAUAGCUCAACAACACUUGAACUGACAGGAGGUGUUACUACAUAUACGGUAAAAAGGGGACAUUUCACUGGAGACCGCGGACAUCAUUAUAAGAACAGAUAUGAUAUCGCUACGGUAUCUGAAUGUAUGAUGUUUUGUUUUCAAUAUAACUGUGUUCAAGCAGAGUACAUGGCUCUGCAUAGAUAUUGUGGAAUAGUGACAUGGGGCAAUAGACCGAUAACUGAACGGGGAGAUGAUGCCGUGCACGUGCUUACACCUCAUUGUGUGAUUAUGUGACAAUUGUGCAUUCACCAAUCAUUAUGUGUUGCAAAAUUGAGGGUGUAUUAUGAACGACAUCUUUGACGUGUUUGUCAGAAAUAUAUAGUUAAUCGUUGAAAUCCCUUUUAGUGACAAAACAUUUAAAGAAUGCACUCCUGUAAGUAAAUUUACGUUCACGAAUAGUUGUAUUCUUUACUGUUGAAACGCAGUUAUAAAGCAUGCAUAAUAAUGGAUUUUAAACGUAAGACUCGGUUUUAUUAAAGUAUUUAUUUUUGGCGAAAAGGUGUUUUGGGUGUCAUUUUCUAAUUAAAGUAAUUAUGUGAAAAAUGCAUGAGUAAAAUUUCGUGAAAGUAUAUGUUCAGAAUUAAAUUAUGUUUGCGUAUUUAUUGUCUUUUGUUCAUUGUACAAUGUUCUGAGUUUUGCAAUACAUUAUUUGACAAAUGCAUUACACCGCCCAUUUUAUUUUAACCCAUUCAGUGCGGGAACCGAAUUUUGAAGGCCUUUGCAAACAGUUUGGAUCCAGAUGAGACGCCACAAAACGUGGCGUCUCAUCAGGAUCCAAACUGUUUGCUAUUCUGAUAAUAUUCUUUGAAAAAAAUCGAAGAAAAUGCUAAUUUUAGAAAUUCAGCAGACGACAUUUUAGCAGACGACAAAUUUCCCAGCAUGCAAAGGGUUAAAUGAUGGUGGUUACCUAAUACUUAUGAGGGACUCAAUUUGUUAUAUGAAAAACAAACAGCUUAAAGUUAAUAGAUGUAUUUAUAUAAAAUGCAUACAUGUGCCUUUUAACAAAUGUAGUGUUAAAAUAAAAAUUUGAAAAUGUA